AUGUUCUCCUCCAUGUUCAAUUUUCUUCCAUUUGUGAAAUACAAGCUUCCUGUCCGCUUUUCGCCUGUCUACUUUCCAGCCUGGAUAAUCAACGCCGAAGUCGAAGCGGAGGUAACAUAUCAAGGCUCGACGCGGAAUGCGACAGCUAUACUCAAAAGCAAUUAUCUUCCAGGUUCCUCGGUUCCGCUUCUGUCUGCUGCAAGGCUUCUUCCACAAGGAGUCGACGACCGAGAACUUCCUCUGUUCACGCAAUCCUUGAUGGAACAACAUGGGCUAGAAGUCAACUGCAUACCAUAUAACAUUUCACCUUUCUCCAUCCUUGAAAUCGCCAAGUCCCUAUCAUACAGUCAAGCAACAAUAAAUGCAGACCUCAAGUUCUCCCCUUCCUCUGUGAAACCUCACAUUUUCUCCGCAUACCCCAUCCUCUUGCCAUUAUACCUAGCGCAGUAUGAGAUGUCAUAUCUCAAUGGUCACAAGGGUUCUCUGAACAUUUUCAUCCAAGCACACUCGAACGGGGGAAUGAUUAUGUCGGAGAACUUCUUGGGAAAGCUUGAUACGCCUCAAUUGGCCGCAUUCGAGUCGCUGAAGGGGCUUCUGUUAAAUACGGGAUGGGCAGAUGACACAGAGGUCCUAGAAUUUGGUAUGGCCGACGACUCCGUCCAAGUGGCCUCUGUUUCUCUGUCUCCUCAGAAGGACGUGACAAGGGCUCUCGACACGUACCUCGAACAACCAUUACGCGACUCCCAAAAUAUCGACAAGCUCACCGAGUUUGGAGAGAUUGAGAACGACGACGACCCCCGGAUUCGUGAGCUGACGCCGGGUGAAGUGGCAGGGAUUGACAAGUACCUUGACAUCUCUCUGGAGACGAUGAUGAGCCUAUCAACUGCCUCAGAAAACCAGAAAGUGAUCUCCAUCUCCCUAGGUUCGACGCCGAAGUUUGAGAUGGCGAAUCAAGCUCAGGUGACUCUCAAAACGAAAUUGGAGGAGCUAGAAAGAGAAAAAAGGGAGGCCAAACCGGGUUGGUGGGUUGAGUGGGAAUUGGGCAACCGUUCGCCCGCGUCAUAA